CAAUUGAAAAAAUAAAUACAAUUCUCACUGAUCCGGAUAAUUUAAGAAAUAUCGAUUUAAAUACCCUGGCUGGUGCCGCUUUAAAAGAAAAAGGAGUUGAGGAAAAAGAGAUAGAGGAGCAAGAAAAAAAUGAUAAUUCCUCCGAUCAUGACUCUCAGAAAAAUAAUGAUGUUGUUGAUGAUAAGAUCAAAAAUUUCAUUAGCAAUUUGCCCUUGCCCUCUGCCAAAAAUGUGGCUAAAAGUAAAAUCUUGGAAUUAUUCAGAAAACACCGACCUGAUUUGGAAAAGCUAAAAGAAAUCUGA